AUGAGCGCUCCACCUACAUCACCCGAUCCCCACGACCACCCUCCACAGGAUAUAUCGGAAUCAUCCUCGACAGCGGUUGAAGUCGGCAACGUGCCACUCGAUCUCGAAACGAUGAGUUCGCCAUCAACACCCGAUCCCAACGACCAACCCCACCAGGGCACAUCUGAACCGUCCCCCAAUACUGUCGCGACCGGUAAUGGCGAUUCAGGCCAAGAACCUACUAGCAGCGUAGAGUCCUGGCAGGAGAUACGCGAUCGCAUACUUCAACGCUACAGCGACCCUCUUGUCAAUCCCUUGAAUACUGAAGCUUACGGUGGCGUGGUCCGGUCGAUUCUCGGAGAAGCACUAGGUUAUGCCGUAGUCUAUUUGGCAGCACCGUGGGUUUUUGAUGAACUUGUAUGUGGCUUGGUCGAGGUGUGUGGCGAAAGGCUUUCUCUUCGCACAAUUGCCUGGGUCAAGUUUCUCCGGUACUGGUUGCCGUAUCUCAUCAAAGCCAAAUGUUUGUUCGGUUUCAUUCGAAGGCUCUUCCGCGGAACUCCUGACUUCCUCGUAAUGCCUCUGCAUCAUGCUUUCGUCACAAUGGGUGCGCCUUGCGCCCAGCAAGCACACUCAUCUACCGUACGUCGAGGAGAACAUGUGUCGCUUGGUCAGUCCUCUUCGGUCGUCGACACAACAAGACAAGAACAACCCGCGCCUAUCGAGGUCGAAGUCUCCAUGGUACAAACGCGCGACCCCCAUACUGCGGAUUCGGCACUGCGGCUAGCAUCACUCACAGACGUGUCAGAGUAUGAUGUGGAUGAGCCGCCCUUUCUGGCUGCGAGAUACCAUGAACGCCAGACUUCAGGCGGAGUGUCUGAGACAAGGCUUAUUGAAGCAACUCAUGACUUGGAGGAUGCUAUUCCGGUUCCCUUCAAUGAGUGCAUGAAUGGCGACCCUGAUGUUGCCGACACCAUUAUAUCUCCUGAAGCUGAACAGCGGUUUUCUUCAACGCCUACCCCUGUAGCACUACCCAUCACCGUUGAGACGUGCUGGGCUGAGCAAGAAUGGUUAGUGCUCUGUGUGCCGCGGGUGACCAACAUUCUCUCCACGGCUUCUGAUACCCCCGGAAAGGUAUUCGACAAGUCACAGAAGCUCGUCACUGCGUCGCAACGCGCUCUGGAGAUCUACGAGCUAUUUCCUCAUGAAGCAAAGAAAGAGGAAGAGGGAGAGCACAGAAACUCGCCAGACCGCUUGCUCACACAGUAUGAGUUCCCUCACGUCUUCAGUGCGCAGACGAUGAAUCUCGACAUCUGCCUGUUUAUGCAGAAGGCAAUCGAGCUUGUUGCAGUUCGCGGAGGCAGAUUUGUCAUUUUAGCCGAUGGCUAUUCCGGCACCGGGAAAUCCUACACACUCUUCGAGACACGUGACUGCAUUGCUCAAUGGGCUGGGGACUUACUCUUUCAUCAGCUACAUCUAGGCCAAGUCUUCUUCGCAGCGACGGAGAUAGUACACAGUAUUCAGGACGGCGUCGUCAACAAAUCGGUAACUUUUCCACCAGCCAAGCUCCGCUCCAUUAGCAGCACAAGGCAGGAGUUGUCAGCUUUCAAGAACCGGGUAGUAGCCUACUCGGCUACUUCAGCAGAACAUCUUCAAGCUCUUGUAGAUUGGACUGUUGCCAGUCGGCAGACAUUGCCCACUGCGGUCAACAAGAACUCCUCACGAAGUCACUUGAUCUGUCAGAUCCUCAUCCCAAGGGGAGCCGGCUUUGCGAUGCUCACACUGGCGGAUCUUGCUGGCGCUGAGGAUUCAAGUGUUACCGAUCAUGGAAGCGUCAGCCAGCUUAUCAACCAGGAGCGAUCAAAGUUUAAUGUCCAGUUGCUUGCCUACGCAAGAGAUCCUGCUACGACCGUGUUCCGCACUGGCGAACUCGCGAAAGCUAUGCGCACAAUGUUCUCUCAACGUGCGCCACUUGAUCGCCCAGCUAUAUUGUACAUACCGCACUUGAACCAAGCGCAAAGCACAAAGAGUUGCUCGCGACCGCGUCUUGACAUGGCAAGAGACCUCAUGAGCGCUCAGACCGCGAGCGAGCCGAGUAAGCCCUGCGAGAGAGCUUGA